CAGAGCUCAGCCCUCCGUCACAUGGUCCGCUUCAGCCAGGACAGACGGGACAGACAAAGCUGGACGCGGGGGGAGAUAACACCGAGCCGCUCCUCUAGUCAAAACAAAAAGCGUGGCGUGAUCAGCAUCUUCUCCCCCCCCACACCCCCCUGGAGGAUGACAGUUUCUGCCAGUUUUCGUGCCGUUUUGUAGCUAUGAAGUGAAACUCCGCCAUAUUCAGCCCACCACGCCCGGAGCUCAGCUGCCAGGGGUAAAGCCUCGCUGCUUUGUUGUUGCACAAACUUAAUUUCCUCUUCAGAGGAGAGGAACAAGGGAAGUGUUAUCCAGGAGCAAUGACUCUGAGUUCAGUGGGCGCUUGCUGCCUCAGCCCAGAGGCCAAAGAGGCUCGCAGGAUCAACGACGAGAUCGAGAGGCAGCUCCGCCGGGACAAGAGGGACUCCCGACGGGAAUACAAGCUGCUCUUGCUCGGAACUGGUGAAAGUGGGAAAAGCACUUUCAUCAAGCAGAUGAGGAUUAUUCAUGGCCGCGGAUACUCUGACGAGGACAAGAGAGGCUUCACCAGGCUCGUCUACCAGAACAUCUUCACAGCCAUGCAGACCAUGAUCCAAGCCAUGAACACAUUACAGAUCCCCUACAAGUAUGAAAACAACAAGGCAAACGCCAGUAUUGUCAGCGCGGUUGACGUAGAGAAGGUCACAACGUUAACAAACCCUUAUGUGGAUGCCAUCAAGAGCCUGUGGAGUGACCCAGGGAUUCGGGAAUGUUACAAUCGGAAGAGGGAAUACCAGCUCUCAGACUCAACCAAAUACUAUCUGAAUGACUUGGACCGAAUUGCUGGUACUCCUUAUCUGCCAACCCAGCAGGAUGUCCUGAGGGUCAGGGUGCCCACGACGGGUAUUAUAGAGUACCCCUUUGACCUGCAGAAUGUGGUGUUCAGGAUGGUGGACGUGGGUGGCCAGCGUUCAGAGAGGAGGAAGUGGAUUCACUGUUUCGAGAAUGUCACCUCCAUCAUGUUCCUGGUGGCGCUCAGCGAGUACGAUCAGGUCCUUGUCGAGUCCGUCAAUGAGAAUCGGAUGGAGGAAAGCAUGGCCUUGUUCCGGACAAUCAUAACCUACAAGUGGUUUAGAGAGUCCUCAGUCAUCUUGUUCCUCAACAAGAUAGAUUUACUGGAGGAGAAAAUCAUGUACUCGCAUUUGGUCGACUACUUCCCUGAAUAUGAUGGUCCCCAGCGGGAUGUCGAAGCAGGAAAAGAAUUCAUCUUAGAUAUGUUUGUCAGCCUCAAUCCAAACGAGAAAAAGAUCAUCUACUCCCACUUCACCUGUGCCACAGACACAGACAACAUUCGAUUUGUCUUCCACGCGGUGAAGGACCACAUCUUGCAGGGCAACCUGGAAGUCUACAACUUGGUUUAAAACGGCGGUGUGGCCGCUGUAAUUCAAUCGGCUUUGUGCAGCUGGCAGUCAGGGGAGCUCUGCAGUGAUUCGGUUUGCCUCACACUGCUGCUGAACACUAUAAUCCAAAACAGGACAUUGAGAAGCUACAGAGCUUGUCGCCAAAUGACUGUACUACUGAUGUAUUUCAAAUUUUCCUGUUAGGCUCUUUGAAAAUGGAUGUCUCCAGCUAUAAUGAAGUGUGUCCUGACAAUUAAAGUGCUGCUUUAGCGAGGAGUCUAUUAUGGUAUGCACUCUGAAAUUUAUGGAGCUCUUUGUGAACGUUUCCGAGCAGUAGCGGUAUAAAUGCACAUGGAUGGAUUGAGGGGGGGAAAAAAGUAUUUCUGUGGCCUCAAUAGCCUCUGAGGACUUGUAAUGUACUGGGUCUCUCCUUCAGGGAAUCUGUGAAUGUAGACUAACUGCAAUGCAGCACCUCACAUCACUAACUAAAGUUGCUCGUAGUUUAUUUUUUUUUAAGUUAAAAACCAUUUGAAAUACUCUACUUAGUUUGUGCUUGACUUAAAGGGAAACAAGUCAUAAAGAACACUAAUAACACAUUGACUUCAUCACAGAUAUUGAUUUGCACCCUGUGCGUUUUGUAACAUUGGUAUUCUUGCUGAUAUUCUGUGUACCUCACUUAGUUGGAUAUUAUCAUUUCCACAACCCCAUUUCAGGUUUCACCAGACUUUGUACACUUGGCAUUUGUCUGCGAUGGCAUUAUUCAGUCUUGAACCACUUUUUCUGAGCACUGCAUUAAUAUAUUGUAAUGCAAUUUAACAAACAUUUCAAAGGGAAUCCUGCUGUCAUCCUACUUGAUUCUGCUACAUUAGCACUCCUUUUUUUCAAAGCUGUAGAAUCAGAUGUUCAGGGACUAUUUGAUUAGAAAAAGUUUUACUUGCCUAAAAAUAAUUUGCUUAAAUAGCUUUAGAACUUGCCCCAUUAUUUAUCUGAAUGCAUGUUGUAAAUAUAACAUGGUACAGUCAGUUUUUUUCCACCUUUACUUGCAUGAAGGUCAGUGUUGAGAGGCUAACUGCUGAAGAGAGAACUGUUAUGUUAGAUAAUCUCUGAGGCGGGCCUUCUUCAUCUUAAUUCAUAUGCUGUUCAAGGGUAUCAAAUGCAUGAAUAAAAAGCUAAUGAAAGCGUAUCUAUGGCACGAAUGUUUACACAACCUUCCUGUCUGGUUAAAAGUAAUUACAGCCUAAUUUGAACGGUUUAAUUUAUGGUUCACUUUCACUGCGAUAUCUAAAUGCAGUCGUAGUGUUUUUAAUGCGAUUGGAUGAAUAA